AUGAAGUUUUCCAAUACAUUCGUUUUAGCUUUUGCUGCCUGUGCCAUGGCUGCUCCAGCACCUGCUCCUGCCGCUGAUGCUGCUUAUCAACAACAUGCAGUUGUUCCUGCUGCUGUCAAGAGGGAAGAAGACUGUCAAGAACCAGUUUUUCACGGUCAUCAUAAACACAAGAGAGCCGUGGUUUAUGAUUAUGCUUAUGUUACCGUUACUGUUGAUGCCAAGGGUAACCCAGUUACUACUACCGCCGUUACCUCAACUGAAUCAACUGGCGAUGCAGAGCAAACUGGCACUACUUCACUCGACGUCUCAUCAACUACAACCAUUGUUCAAAAUGACUCGUUGACUUCAAACGAACCAUCUACCUUGUCUUUGCCAAGUGGAACCAUUUCUGCUUCUACUUCUUCUUCGCAAGCGUCCUCAACCAGCUCUAGUGGAUCGUCCUCCGACAAUGGUAUCUAUGGAGACUUGUCGGCUUUUGAAAAUCCAACUGAAGAGUUCCAAGAUGGUGUUCUCUCAUGUGAUUCUUUCCCUUCAGGACAAGGUGUUAUUGCCUUGAACCACUUGGGUUUCGGUGGUUGGUCCGGAAUUUACAACAGUGACACUUCAACUGGUGGAAAAUGUCAAGACGGUUCUUACUGCUCCUAUGCUUGUCAAAGUGGUAUGUCCAAGACCCAAUGGCCAGACUCACAACCAUCAAAUGGAGUUUCAGUUGGUGGAUUAUUGUGUAAGAAUGGUAAAUUAUACAAGACCAACUCAAGAUCAAACUACUUGUGUGAAUGGGGUGCCAAUAAAGCCAACGUUGUUAGCAAAAUUGAUAAAUCAGUUGCCAUUUGUAGAACUGAUUACCCAGGUACUGAAAAUAUGGUUAUUCCAACCGUUGUUGGUGCUGGUCAAAGCUCAGUUAUUACUGUUGUUGACCAAGAUUCUUAUUACAAAUGGAAAGGAGGAUCUACUUCUGCACAAUAUUAUGUCAACAAUGCUGGUGUUUCGUACGAAGAUGGUUGUGUUUGGGGAACAUCAGGAUCUGGUGUUGGAAAUUGGGCUCCAUUGAAUUUCGGUGCUGGUUAUUCAAAUGGUAUUGCUUAUUUGUCCUUGAUUCCAAACCCAAACAAUUACGAUUCAUUGAACUUCAACGUCAAGAUUGUUGCUGCUGAUGAUUCUUCCAAUGUUAGUGGCCAAUGUGUUUAUGAGAAUGGUAAAUACAAUGGUAAUGGAAAGGAUGGAUGUACCGUUGGUGUUACCCAAGGUAAGGGUAACUACGUCUUGUACAAUUAA